AUGGCGAGAAAUCCAUCAAUAACCAUGCCGCGACCAUCCACCCUCAUCGCUGCCGCAGCAGCCCUCUGCUGGCAAAUCGUAUCCGCAGCUCAACCAGGCGCGGCUCCUGCUGUCGCUGCUCCGAUGCGUGACUUGACUUGGGGUCAGCUCAACUUCCUCCACACGACCGAUACUCAUGGCUGGCAUGGCGGCCAUCUCCUCGAGCCACAAUAUUCCGCCGAUUGGGGCGACUACGUCUCCUUCGCAUCACACAUGCGCCGGAAAGCCGACGAGAAGGGUGUCGAUCUGUUGGUGAUCGACACUGGCGAUAGAGUCGAGGGAAACGGCCUUUACGAUGCUUCGACCCCGAAGGGAUUGUUUACAUACGACGUCUUCCGCGAGCAGACAAUAGACAUCAUUUGCACGGGAAACCACGAGCUCUACAUGGCCGACGCAGCACAGCGAGAACACGACCUAACAGUACCAAACUUUAAAGAGAACUACAUUGCUUCGAACCUAGACUAUAUCGAUCCCAAGACCGGCGAGCGUGUGCCGCAAGCACAGCGCUUCCGCAAGUUCAAGACCAAGAACCAGGGCUUGGAGAUUAUUGCAUUGGGCUUCCUGUUCGACUUUACAGGCAACGCAAACAAUACCGUGGUGCAGCCGGUCGAGGACACACUGAAGGAGGAGUGGUUCAAGAAGUUGGUCAGAGAGGAGAAACCAGACCUGUUUAUUGUCAUUGGCCACGUCGGCCUGCGUAUGCCCGAGUUUAAAAAGAUCUACACUGCCUUGCGCAAGGAGAACUGGAACGCACCGAUUGCCUUUUUUGGUGGUCACGCACAUGUACGUGACGCUCUCAGCUUCGACAAGGAGGCAUUUGCAAUGGCAAGCGGACGCUACUUUGAGACGAUUGGCUGGAUGUCUAUCGACAACAUUAAGAAGGCCAAGUCUGGCGAAGUAUCUGCCGAGGCUUCCGUUUCGUUUUCGCGAAAGUACAUUGAUAACAACCUUUUCGGUCUGCACCACCACACCGGCCUUGAUGAGAAGACUUUCCCGACUGAGCAUGGCAAGAACGUCAGCAAGAUGAUUGAAAAGGCUCGCAAGGCUCUCGACCUGGACUACAAGUAUGGAUGCGCCCCCAAGGACCUGUGGAUGGACCGCGCCGAAUACCCCGGCGAAGACAGUAUCUACACCUGGCUUGAGAAAGAGGUGCUCCCCGAUGUCAUCCACAAGGAGGACAGGAAGGGUGUGCCCAGCCUUGCGAUAGUCAACACCGGCGGUAUCCGUUUCGACAUCUUCAAGGGGCCCUUUACCAAGGACAGCACGUUUAUCGUGUCGCCCUUUACCAGCGCCUUCAAGUAUAUCCCGGACGUCCCCUACAGCGUCGCCAAGAGAGUCCUUGACCUGCUCAACUCGGGCGGCAAAAUCUUUGAGGCGACGCACGACGUGCGGUUCAUGAACAUCCCCGAGAUGAUGUAUCCCAAGGACGACAUUGUCAUGGCCAAGACCAAGACCAAGACCGACGAAGGUGAGCCCCGCCGUCUCGAGCUCCGCCACGAGUCCGACCAGCACCGACUGUCGGACGAGAACAAGGCCAAGCCGGAUCUCGUAAGUGGGUACACCACCAAGGACGACAUCGGCUCCGACGGCGACGAUACGGAGCACUCCCCCAUCAGCUUCUACCCGGUACCCAACUGCAUCCAGACACCAAUCGGCUUCCCGAAGGAGGGCGAGCCUGAGAAGGUCGACCUUGUAUUUAUCGACUUCAUCUUGCAGUGGGUAAUUGUGGCGCUCAAGUUCAGCGGAGGCGACUACAGCGACAAGGAUGUACUUCCGUGGUCCGAUGAGACGCUGACUUACAAGAUGGGCGAGUGGAUCAAGGAGAAUUGGAAGGGCGACUGCUAA